UAAAAAUAUAAUAAACCUUUUCUAUUAUUUAUGCAAAGGGAAGACCAUCGUCAAUCCAAAUUCCCUUCCUCACCCCCAAAUUCAAACCAGGUAGAUUAAAUUUACACAACUCAAAAUACCAAGUUCAUUCCUUUGAUUUUCUUAUUUCACCUCCAAUUUCAUUCCCAUCAAACUCUAAAUUUGAUGUAUCACCUCCAUUAAACCCUAAAUUCUACCCUCUGAUCGUUGUUCGACUUCAAGAUCAUUGUCACCGGAAUCACUACGAAACCGUUUUCAAGGAUUAGCUCUUGAACCACUUGCAUCUUCUGAAAUUGAUCAGAAUAAGAUAGCCAAUGGGGAAAAACGACUUUCUCACACCUAAGGCAAUUGCCAAUCGAAUUAAAGCAAAAGGACUGCAGAAGCUUCGGUGGUAUUGCCAGAUGUGUCAGAAGCAAUGUCGUGAUGAGAAUGGUUUCAAAUGCCACUGCAUGAGUGAAGGGCACCAGCGUCAAAUGCAAAUUUUUGGACAAAACCCAACCCGCAUAAUUGAGGGCUAUACCGAAGAGUUUGAAACAACUUUUCUUGAGCACAUGAAGCGCAGCCAUCGAUUCAGCCGUGUGGCUGCCACUGUGGUUUAUAAUGAAUAUAUAAAUGAUAGAAAUCAUGUUCAUAUGAACUCCACGGAUUGGGCUACACUUACUGAGUUUGUUAAGUACUUGGGUCGAACUGGAAAGUGUAAGGUUGAGGAAACACCGAAGGGAUGGUUCAUUACAUAUAUAGAUAGAGAUUCUGAAACUCUUUUCAAAGAGAAGAUGAAGAACAAGAGAAUCAAGGCAGAUUUGGUAGAUGAAGAAAAGCAAGAGAAAGAGAUCCAAAAACAGAUUGAAAGGGCCGAGCAAUUGUUGCAGCUGUCUAAUCCGGAGUCCGACCAGCUUUCUCAGGUAGAGACUACAAGGGAACUAAAUGCAGAAGACGGAAUUAAGAUAGGAUUUUCUCUUGGAUCGUCUGCGAAACCUAUGACCAAGGAAAAAGGUGAGGCAUCAAUAAUGGCGUUUGAUGAGGUUGAUGCAGAGAAAUAUGAGGAAAGGAAUCCUGUAAACAACUUGAAGAGAAAAGAAAGUGGUGGUGGAAAAUCAACUUUGGAUGAAAUGAUCAGGGAGGAAGAGAGGAAAAAGGAAAAAAUCAACAGGAGGGAUUAUUGGUUGCAUGAGGGAAUUGUUGUUAAGGUUAUGAGCAAAGUCUUGGCAGAAAAGGGGUACUACAAGCAAAAAGGUGUUGUGAGAAAAGUGAUUGACAAGUAUGUAGGGGAAAUAGAAAUGCUAGAAAGCAAGCAUGUGCUCAGAGUUGAUCAGGAAGAGCUUGAAACGGUGAUACCUCAGGUCGGGGGACGUGUAAAAAUAGUAAAUGGGGCUUAUCGUGGAUCACUUGCUAGACUGCUCGGGGUGGAUACAGAUCAUUUUUGCGCCAAGGUGCAGAUAGAGAAAGGUGCUUAUGAUGGUAGAGUGCUUAAAGCGGUGGAAUAUGAGGACAUUUGUAAAUUAGCCUAGUGCGCUUAAUGGAAUUACUAUUUUUCGCGAUUCUGGAAGUUGCAGGAGUUGUAAAGUUUGUUGUUAUGUAUUAUGCAGAAGCUUUAAACUCCAGUGUCAUCUUUGUUGCAUAAAUUAAAUCAUGGUGGUUAUCUUUUCCUGUAUUGGAUAGAAUUCUUGUUUGAUAAUUUAGAAUUCUGAUUUCUGACUAUAGUUAGACUAGAAAAGUGCAUAAAAGGAUGGUGACUGUUUGUACUAUUGUAGCAUGUGGAAUUUGAAUUGAUAUUCAGCUUGAUUCUCAA